AUGGAAAUUGUCGGCAGUGAGCCUUCAUUAGCAUCCCAUUACGAUGAAACUGUGCUUCACUCAUGGGGCGGUUAUCUCCCGUGUCAAUCAUCCCAAUUCAAGAUUGAUGCCGUAACCGGGUGGAUAUCAGUGAAAAGCCGGCUGGACAGAGACGAUGAUACUUUAAGGAACACCGGCGGUGUAUAUGCAAUGACAGUCAUGGCUGAAGAAUCUAACCAGGUAUUUCCUCAAUUAGGAAACAUCACAGCAACAACUUUGGUUACCAUUACCGUUAUGGACGUAAACGAUAAAGCGCCAUCGUUUAAUAGAGAGGCGUACGUGGCCAGCGUUUUGGAGAAUAUGCAGAAAGGAAUGCCGAUCUCGUUUAGUAAAGGAAGCAUAAUGACGGUUUAUGAUCGGGACGAAGGCACCAACAGCCAUUUCGUUCUAAGUGUUGAGAAAGAUGGAAGAGAAUUCUUUGAUAUUACUCCUUUACCCCAAGAGGUUUUCGGUGAAGCCACAGUGAUUCUUCGUGUAAACAACUCAGAAAUGUUGGAUUUUGAGAAAACAAAAGAAAUUGAUUUCCAGGUUGUGGCCCGGGAAGUAGACACACCAGAGAAGCGUUCAAGUUCGGCAACAGUCUUGCUGAAAAUCCAAGACAUGAAUGACAAUGCACCGGUAUUUAGGAGCGACACCUAUGAUCUGCAUGUGAAGGAAAAUGCUCGGAUCGGAACUGUGAUAUCGCAAAUAACGGCCACAGAUGCUGACGUAGGAGACAAUGGACGUGUAAGUUACUAUCUGAAAGGAGCCAUGAAAAGGUUCCAGGUAUCGGCAAGCACCGGAGUCAUUUUCGUCAGUGAUAUUCUAGACAGAGAAUUCAGAGACGCUUAUUACAUGACCCUGGAGGCAAGAGACGGGGGCGGAUUCCGAACCACGGUACCGCUGACCAUUUAUGUUGAUGACGUCAAUGACAACGCCCCAAUAUUCCGGAGACAAGAGCAUGCUGAAAUCAUUCGAGAGGGGCAGCCAUUUUUCUCCCGUUCACUGGUUGUUGAAGCCAAAGACAACGAUAAGAUGGGCACCAUUAACAGCAGAGUGAAAUACAAGAUUGUUGAUGCUCCAGGGAAUUUAACCAAUAAUUUCACCAUUGAUGAAUUCCGUGGAGAGGUUUCUUUGAAUAAUCCUUUGGAUUAUGAAGGUUUGGAUCCUGAUCUCAAUGGCAAGAUUAUUAUUACUGUCAUGGCCUAUGACAUGGGCAGCCCAUCCAUGAACUCCACAACAAAUGUCACCGUGACAGUUGAGGAUGAAAAUGAUAAUAUACCAAUAUUUGAGAGAAGAAUGUAUUUCUCACAGAUUGAAGAAAAUUCACUACCAGGUACCAGUGUCUCCAAAGUGCAUGCCAACGAUGCUGAUAUCAGCAGUCCUAAUAACGAAGUGAUCUACCGCAUCGACAGUGGCGCCUUCGACAAGUUUCGAAUGGACGCCAGCAGCGGGACUAUCACCGUAGAAAAGGGAGCCAUUCUAGAUCGGGAAAUGAUGGCCAAAUAUGUACUGAACGUGUCUGCCAUUGAUCGUGGAACACCUUCCAAUCAUGGCAGAUGUCAGGUGAUCGUCUACAUCGGCGAUAAAAACGACGAGGCGCCAUAUUUUGACAAGAACGAGGUUUAUUUGACUGUGACGGAAACUCAGCCAAGAGGAAGUAUUGUUCACACGGUCUCUGCGCAUGACGACGAUCUGGACAGCGAUCUAGAAUAUUCCACACUUUCCGAUAAUAUGCAAGCAUAUAAUGGUCCGGCACCGGUUAGUGCGAGGGUACUUCAGAAUAUAAAGAAAUAUUUUGAUAUUCAUCGCAAAAACGGUUCCGUGUAUAUUCGCAACCAGCCUGACCGGGAAGAGGCAGAAAAGGUCAUACUUCCUAUUAUGGUCAAAGAUUUGAGAGCUGUGGAGAAGAGGGGCUCGACGAAUAAGCAGACUGCUGUUGUCACGCUAAAGAUUACAAUAUUGGAUGCCAACGAUAACCCACCGGACUUUGAGCCUAGUAAUAUUUACUAUGCUAACGUGUCCGAAGCCCUGCCAAUAGAUUCCGAGGUGCUAACGGUAAAAGCCACCGAUCGAGACACCAAUCAACAGAUAUGGUUUAGCAUAGCCAACGAUCCAAUGGAUUCUUUCAAAAUAAAAUCCUCGGAGUCACAUACGGGUAUAAUCCGACUGAAACGGCAACUGGACAGGGAGCAAUUUUCAAAUUUGACACUAAGUGUGUUAGCUAUCGACGAAAGGGGCAUCAGCUCGCUGACUUCGACAGCUUCGAUUUACAUUCGUGUCAAAGAUGUCAAUGACAACUCACCUCGCUUCACGACACAGCAGUAUGUGUAUUCCGUUCGCGAAAAUUCACCCCUCAACACACGCAUCGCCACGAUUCGUGCCGUCGACGCCGACGAGGGUGCAUUCGGCAGAGUAUAUUACUCUCUAGAAACAACGGAUCAAGAUUUACCAUUUAAGAUUAACGAAAACACUGGGGAGAUAACUGUUUCCGGCAGCAUCGACCGGGAGAGCCGCUCUACCUUUACGAUGGGCAUUAUUGCCAAAGACAACAAACAAAACCCAAAUAAACAACGUUCAAGCCACGAACGGAUAACAGUGAAUGUGAUCGAUGUGAACGAUAACGUGCCCGUAUUCACACAGACGGGACACCCAUUGGUGCAACUACAGGAAGUCGAACCAGUGGGUUCGGAAGUGUAUACAGUGAAAGCAACAGACGCCGACGAGGGAAUCAACGGCAAAGUAAUCUACACGUUAGAAACGAACCACGCCGAUAGAGGCUUGUUUCGUAUUAGCAACAUGAAAGGCAAAAUGAAAAUUAACCGAAGCCUCAAAGAUAAAAUUGGAAUGCAUAAUAUCACUGUUAUUGCUACGGAUUCAGGAAAUCCGCGUCAGAGUGCCAAGAUGAAAGUUUACUUUGAAGUUCUUGAUGUUAACUUACAUAACCCUAAAUUUGUAUACCCCGUUGAAGGAGUUAAACUGUUGAUACCCGAGGGGGGAGGCCCUGGCUCGGUUGUCAUGCAGGUUAACGCCACGGACGAAGACCAUGGUUACAACGGAGAAGUUAGAUAUUUCCUACUCAGGGACGCUGACUGGCAGAAAUUUGAUUUGGAUCAAACCACUGGCAUGUUGACCACCCGCAACUUCCUCGACCGUGAGUUACAGAAAUCAUACUCGCUUCAUAUCAAAGCUACUGAUUCGGGAAAACCGCCCCGUGCUGUAACGACGACUCUUCACAUUGAAAUACAAGAUUCGAACGAUAAUGCGCCAGAAUUUAACCGCAAGAAAUACCCGUUUCCUUAUAAGCUUUACGGACCUGAAGAGAGCCAAACGGCUUAUGUUGGAAGUGUAGCUAUUGCCGAGGACAAAGACAGCGAGGAAAACUCCGUCAUUUGUUAUUACAUUAUAGGUGGUGAGAUGGUUGAUUAUUUCUGGUUGAAUCAGACGUCCGGAGGUUUAUACAUCCAAAGGAGAAUUGACCGAGAAAAACACAGUAAGGUGAAUCUGUUGAUUAAUGCCACCAAUACAUGUUUCCAGCACAAACUUAGGGGCGUUGCUCUGCAUCCAGAAGACUUUUACACGCGAGAAAUCAAGGAAACCUCUUAUCUUUGGGUUCAGGUUGUAAUAACUGACAUCAAUGAUAACCCACCCAAAUACCGUAGGAAGAAAAUGAGUGUUGGUGUUACCAGGGAUACCGACUUUGGGACCACGAUAUUUGAGCUCCAGUAUGAAGUGGACGAUCCCGAUAUUGGUAACAACUCAGUCCAUACUUUCAAGCAGUUUGGGAAUAUUCGGAUUAGUGAUGGCCUAAAGAAGUUGAUGUCGCGUGACCCCGUCACUAACAAGACACGUCAGCCAUUUAUUGUGAAUAGCAACGGUUCUGUGAUUACCAAUAUGUUCUUUCAGGCGAACAUGCAUGGUUCCUUCGUGUUGCCUGUCCUAGUCACGGACAGCCGACAUAACUCAGACAUCGCUAACUUAACGGGUGUUAAAAAGAUUUAUUCAGAUUAUGGGAUUCGACCAACUGCUAAUGAGACACAGUCUCCAAAUUUUUGCUUCCUGAUUCUUAGAUACGCUGGUUACAUUUGA